UAGUUAUAUUUGCCUCAUGAUGCCAUUAUCCAAUAGAUUUAAUGGCAUUUCUUAAGUUUUGCAAUUAUCAAAUAAAAAGCUAUGCCUGGGUAUGUUAUUUGCCUCAAACAUAAAAUUAGGAGAACACAGUGAAUAUAAACUUCACGUGACGUGACUUUUACGUGACUAAGUACAAUUUUGUACGUCACAAACUCCAUUUCGGAACAUGAAAGCAGUUUACCUUUAUAUUUUUUUUAUUGACCAGAUAAAUACAUGUCCAAUGUUUCAUUAUCCAUCUGACACAUUAGCAUGUCACUUUUCCUAAAUACUUAGUCAUCAUUUCUACUUCCUGGAACUUUUUCGAAAUAAGGACUAUUUCCGUACUUUUCCGUCUGUAAUAUACAUUUUCCCGUUUUGGAGAGAAUAAUGUAGAAACUGAAAAAGAUGUCUCUUUUUACGCCUAAAUAAGAAUUUAGGCCUUCAUCAUCUUUCUCGUCAUGUCAACCUGGGACAGAGACCUGGGUAUACCUACAGCUGAGUAUAGGCUUAUACAGGUAUAUAGUUUUCUAACAUUUAACCAAUUCUCUCAAAAGCUACCUCAUUAACUCAAUCAAGUCUUCUCAAUUCCGGCAUCACCCCGCAAAUUACCCAAAGGCACACUUUAUCUUACGUUCAGUUUCUAAAGCCAUAAACACUUGUAAAGAUAAUUGUUUACAAAUAUAAUUUGAAGUAGUUAUAGCGGCAAUUGUGGCAGAUAACAAGAGGGUUUGCUCAAUGUAUAUAUGGGUGCGAGGGAAGACUAACGUCAGUUUUUCCAUACGCACCCGUGGCUUGCGUGUAACCCUGUCCAGUGCAAAACUAUCUUAACUUUAAACAUAAGUGACGACCGAUAAAAUGAAAAAGAAAAUCAGUAUAUCAAACGAUCUGGGAUUGCAGAAGAAAAAUAAAAAGACUAAAUCACAGGAAGACGAGCAAUCGAUAUCAUUCAUACAAAUAUUUCGUUACGGAACAUGUUUAGAGGUCACAGCUACGAUUAUCGGGAUCUUCCUGGGGAUCCUAAGUGGCGGAGGUUUGACCUACAACCUGGUACAAGUUGGGGAACUAAGUACAGCUUUCGUUGAACGAACAGCUUUCCAAGAACAACUUAGUAGCCCUAUGCCCCUUUUGUCGCUGUUUGGAGGCGGAAGAGUUUUACAAAAUGCAAGUCACGAAGAGAAUAUGGCGGCUUUAGUGGAGGACGCCACAGCCCUAUGUAUCGGUGCCUUUGUCUCUGUGGGGCUGUCUCUCCUGUGCUGCACUGUUGCCGUUGCACUUAUCAGCUGGAGUGCUUUAAGACAGAUUACAACGAUACGAAUGUUAUUCUUAAGAGCCGUACUUCGUCAGGACCAAGCUUGGUUCGAUACUGAUUCCGAGUUUAAUGUGGCUUCCAAAAUGUCCGAGAACUUGGUGAAGUUGAAGGAUGGCAUGGGUGACAAGUUGGCUAUUGUGGGGAACUUGGUGGGUACGUCUCUGAUUAGCAUUGCCGUCGCCAUUCCCUUGGGAUGGGAGCUGGCCCUCGCAUGCAUUACCGUCAUGCCACUCUGUGUAGCUGCAUCUGUUGCUCUGUCAAACUAUCAAACAAAGUCAUCGGCACGUGAGCUGGAGUCGUACAGUCAAGCGGGCAAGCAUGCUGAGGAGAUUAUGAAGUCAAUUAAGACCGUCGCCGCUUUUGCCGGGGAGAGCAAGGAAGUCGAAAAAUACACAAAAUUACUGCAGCCGGCGGAACAGUACGGACGUAAACGUGGUCUCUACACAGGUCUAGGAAGUGGAUUCAACUGGGUUCUUACUUACUGCUUGAACGCCAUUGGACUUAUUUACGGUAUCCGACUUGUCCUCCAAGAUCGUGACAAACCUGAGGAGGAACGGAGAUAUGUCGUCGGAAUCGUGUUCAGUAUCCUCUUCAACAUCUACAUGGCGACCCAAUCCAUCACAAUGUGCGUCCCGCAUAUCGAAGUGUUCUCGGCAGCCCGGGGAGCAGCCGCCAGCAUAUAUCACUUAUUGGAGCGAGAGCCACCCAUUGACAGUCUCAGCAAAAAAGGCACAUCGCCACGCAGAGUUAUUGGCGAGAUCAGCCUAGAAGACAUCCAUUUCAGUUAUCCUUCUAGACCGGACGUUAAGGUUUUAAAGGGCUUUUCUCUCAAGAUCAAAGCGGGAGAAUGUAUUGCCCUAGUGGGCUCGUCAGGCUGUGGCAAGUCGACCGUGCUGCAGCUGCUGCAAAGACUUUACGAUCCUCACUUUGGAUCCGUAAAGCUCGAUGGCAAAAAUAUCAAGGACCUUAACAUUAGCUGGCUUCGGUCAUCACUAGGUGUGGUUGGCCAAGAACCAGUAUUGUUUCGAGGAACGAUUUUCGAAAACAUUGCCAUCGCGUGUCCUGAGGCCACUAUGCAAGAAGUGGUACGAGUUGCAACUAUGGCGUACGCUCACGAAUUCAUUUCGAACUUGCCUAAGGGCUACGAUACAGUUAUUGGCGAACGUGGUGCUUCUUUAUCGGGUGGUCAAAAGCAGCGUAUUGCGAUUGCUCGGUCUUUGCUGCGAGAGCCUGCGGUGCUUCUGCUGGACGAAGCUACAUCAGCUCUCGAUCCUCACUCUGAACGACAAGUCCAGGCCGCCCUUGACCGCGCUAGUGUCGGUCGUACUACCAUCAUGGUAUCACACAGAUUGUCGACCAUUUUGAAUGCUAAUCUCAUUAUUUGCAUGGACCAGGGAGUUAUAGUGGAACAGGGUACUCACGAGGAACUGAUGAAAGCCAAAGGCUUCUAUCACAAAUUAGUGACGACAAGCAAACACAAAAUGGAGGCGGAGGAAAUCGUAUCAUUGCCAGAAGUGGUAGAAGAGAAAGGGACAGAAGAUGAACAAGGAGAUAGUGUCAACACACCUGUGACCCGCUCGGAGUCGAAACCACGAGAGGAACGAAGACCACGAGUAUACAGUAAACAACGAUCAGUUAUAGAAAAUCCGGAGUGGAUGGUCACACCUCGAGGUUCCAUCUCUUCAGCUAUGUCAGUUGGCGUUCAGAGCUACUUAUAUAACCCAGAAACCGAAAAAGAAGAAGUAGACGAGGACACAAUACCAUUAAGUGGAUGGGAAAUAUUGAAGCUGAAUUCGCCGGAAUGGUUGUACAUUGUCAUCGGUUCCAUCGCUGCCUUCAUUCAAGGAACUUGUUUCCCCGUCUUUGCUUUGCUCUUCGGUUUCACCAGUGCCAUAUUCGCUUUAACGGACCGUAAAGAGAUGUUAUUCUAUGGCGAUCUUUACGCUGGUCUAUUCGUGGUUGUAGCGGCAAUCGCAGGCAUUUCUAUGUGUCUUCAAAGUUCUACUUUCACAACAGCUGGAUUAAAAAUGACAUCAAGAUUACGAAAACAAUAUUUCGAGGCACUUUUGAGACAGGAAAUUGGAUAUUACGAUAAAGCGAGUAACUCAGUAGGAGCGAUUUGUGCUAGACUGAGUGGAGACACGGCUGAGGUUCAGGGUGCUACUGGUCUCAGAAUCGGUAUUAUCCUACAAGGUGUCAGCUCCGUUGUCAUCGGGGUCAUAAUGGGCUUCAUAUUCAAUUGGAAGUUAACCCUUGUAUCAACGGCAUUUUUACCUCUUAUGAUUGGAAGCAUCUGGUUUGAAGGUAUUAUGUCACGAAAAUCCCAAGCUGACGAAAGAAAAGCCAUGGAAUCGGCAACUAGUGUCGCAACGGAAGCAGUUGUGAGCAUCAAAACUGUACAGAGUUUAGGUAUAGAAACAGUAUUCUUCGACAAGUUCCACGCGUCUCUGCUGGUCGCUUGCGACGCCGUAGCUCAGAAGACAAGAUGGCGCGGCAUUGUUUUUGGCUUGGGUAUUUACGUACCAUUCAUAGCGUUCUGCAGCGCAAUGGUAUACGGAACUAUUCUGGUCUCGAAAGGAGAAUUGGAAUACAAAAUCGUUUUAUUGGUUACGGAGUGUGUCAUGUUUGGAGCUUACAUGCUUGGACAGACAUUAGUGUAUGCUCCUAGUUUUAACUCAGCCAGAGUCUGCGCGGGUAGAAUCAUAGGAUUGAUCUACAAAGUACCUGAAGUCAGAACUGAAGAUGGCGUUGUUGAUAAAAAAGAUUGGAGCGCAACCGGCAACUUUAGUUUAAAGGAUCUUGUAUUCAGUUACCCGACACGAAAACAUCAAACCGUUUUAAGAGGUAUCGAUUUGCAAGUGGAUGCCGGCAAGACAGUGGCGCUGGUGGGAUCGUCCGGGUGCGGCAAGUCCACUGUGUUGCAGCUCUUACAGAGAUUCUACGACCCCGAUACAGGAAGCAUUAGGCUAGAUGGAGUAGACACUCGGACAUCGUUAACCCUGCCGCGGCUGCGUCGCCAGCUCGGCGUAGUGCAGCAGGAGCCGGUGCUGUUCGACCGGACUCUCGCCGAGAACAUCGCAUACGGGGAUAACAACAGGAACCCCUCCAUGAACGAAAUUAUUGCAGCUGCUAAAGCCGCUAACAUACAUUCCUUUAUUACGUCUCUACCACAGGGCUAUGACACCAACUUGGGAGCCAGCGGCGCGCAGUUGUCGGGAGGUCAGAAGCAGCGUGUGUGCAUCGCGCGCGCUCUCAUCAGGUCGCCGCGACUGUUGCUGCUGGACGAAGCCACGUCAGCGUUGGACGCUAACAGCGAACGGGCCGUUUCGGAAGCUUUGGAGAAGGCAGCUAAGGGCCGCACGUGCAUCACCAUCGCUCACCGUCUCUCAACCAUCAAAGACGCAGACCUCAUAUGCGUUCUUGAUAAAGGUAGGAUUGUGGAACGCGGCAACCACAACGACUUGAUCCAAAUGAAGGGCUACUAUUGGCGCAUGUGUAAAGGACAGGAGAUGGCGUAAACAUUCUGAUAAUUAUGCUUAAGUAUUAGUCCAAUAAAGACACUAAAACAAUUCCGAAAAUAUGUCCAAAUAUUACUAAGAAAUAUGUGAAUAAUGCAAGAACUAAAGUCUCAAUAUUACCGCCAUCUUUAAAAUCUCGAUCUGAUAAUGGAAGACGGUCCGUUUGCGUUAACCUGAAUGAUGUAUCAUAGAAUAUUAAUUAUUGCAUUUCGUAUGAAUUAAGAUAAACGGUUUGUGGCUGUGCCAGAUCUAACGCAAAAACAUUCUACUAUUAAGUUUUAAAUUUAAGUUUAAUUUAUUGUGAGUGUUCGUCAAUGUAUGUUUCUUAAUUGUAAUGAAUAUGUCUAGUUAUCAAUUAUAUUGUAGUUUAAUAGUGAUAAAAAGAAAAUAAAACAUUUUUGUUACAGA